UUUGCGCUCACGUGUUGUGUGUGUAUAAAAAGCUCGCAGUCGCUCCUCACCAUGCUCAGUGUGUCUCCGGACAAGCGGCGAAAAAUGGAGUCGGCGCUCAAUCAGCUGAAGAAGUACACUGUGGUGGUGGCCGACACGGGGGACUUUAACGCCAUUGAUGAAUACAAGCCUCAGGAUGCCACCACCAACCCUUCUCUGAUCCUAGCUGCUGCCAAAAUGCCAGCCUAUCAGAGCCUGUUGGAUCAGGCCAUCAAAUAUGGCAUUGCCAAGGGCGGAACUGAGGAGGAGCAGAUCGCCAACACCAUGGACAAGCUGUUUGUGAGUUUUGGUCUCGAGAUCCUCAAGAAGGUCCCAGGCAGGGUCUCAACUGAGGUGGAUGCCAGACUGUCUUUUGACAAAGAAGAAAUGGUGGCCAAAGCUUUGAGGCUCAUUGCACUCUACGAAGAAGCAGGCAUCAGCAAGGAGCGGGUGCUCAUCAAGCUGUCAUCCACAUGGGAGGGAAUCCAAGCUGGCAAGGAGCUUGAAGACAAACAUGGCGUUCAUUGCAACAUGACCCUGCUUUUCUCUUUUGCACAAGCAGUAGCUUGUGCAGAAGCAAAUGUAACGCUCAUCUCCCCUUUCGUUGGGCGCAUCUUCGACUGGUAUAAGGAGAACACAGACCGCAAAACCUACGAGCCGCAUGAAGACCCGGGUGUUCGGAGUGUGACAAAGAUAUACAACUACUACAAGAAAUUUGGUUACAGCACUGUGGUGAUGGGUGCUUCUUUCCGAAACACGGGACAAGUUAAAGCCCUGGCCGGAUGCGACCUGCUCACCAUCUCUCCGGGGCUGCUUGCAGAACUCAGCCAGGACCACAGCACUGUCACACAGACGCUUACUGUGGAAACUGCGAAGAAUUGCAGUCUACAAAAGGUCCACCUAGAUGAGAAGGACUUCCGCUGGCAACAUAAUGAGGACCGCAUGGCAGUUGAAAAACUGUCCGAUGGCAUCCGCAAGUUCGCUGCGGAUGCCAUCAAGCUGGAAACCAUGCUCAAAGAGAAAAUGCUUCAUGUUAAGAAUGGUCAGUAGGAAACAUGGGGCAUAUCCCGCUGCAUUGACGCAAAUUUGUAAGAGUCAGGACUCUGCCUUGUUUGCUAGCUUUCACUUGAGAGGCAUUUGAAAGCGCCAGAAGACCUUCUCCCUCCCUCUGACCAAACUCAUGAAAACCUCCCCUACGGAAGGCCGUGUCCCCAUCUUUGGAUGGAGCCACGUUUUAUGUGACCAAACAUUAAUUAAAUGAUACUGUUGCUCAUGCAUUUUCAGAUAUUUAAUGUGAGGGGAAUAAAUCAUUCCAGACUUGCAUUAUUAGACUACUAGAGAGGAUGACAAGCACAUUUAACCAGAUAAAUCCGUUUGCUUUGACUAUCAGCCUCGCAGGAAUGAAGAAAUUCCAUACUACUCAUCCCCAAAUGUUGUUUUUCAUAUAAUAAAUCAGAAUUCUAAGCAG